UUCAGAGGAACUCACGUCAUUUCCAUGAAGAGCGUCGCGCUGCUCCCGCCCUCAUGUAGAUCUGAAACGAAACAUAACUUUUAUUAAACGUGAAGAACUAUUAUAUCGACGGGGUUAAUUUUAUGUUAAAUGGAGGAUUAUACUAUUUGAAUGUUUGUUUUAAACACCGUGGCAAUAAUGCGGAUACAGACCUGCCUCUUUACACUGAUCCUCAUCCACACCGCCGCUAGUGAAGCUCGGAGUCGCCUCUCUCCUCCCAUCAAUGUGUCUAUCCAGUGUGACAACUAUGGAGUUGAAGUACGCUGGCAAUAUCCUUAUCCCAGACAGAAUGUAUCCUUCCAGGUGGAGGUGAAAGACAAGGAUAAAAUAUGGGAACCUGUUACAACAGAAAAAAACUCUUUAAACAUAUCCAGUAUGCUGUGGAAUCCAGCGUACAAUCACUACGUUGUCACAGUGAUGGCCAUGUGGGGGACUCACACGUCUGAGAAAGCAGAAUCAGUUAUAUUCAGCUUCAAUCAAAAUGCAGCAAGCAAAAUAAAGUGUCAGUUGGACUUCCCUAAGGUUAAACUGUCUCCUAAAGAGGGCAAACUCCACCUAGAGUUCAGCAAUCCUCUGCAGCUCUAUAGAAACACACCAGCUCUACGCAAUCUCAACGAUCUUUUUGAAUAUUCUGUUGUAACAGAAGAGGGAAAAGAAGCAUUUAGAUGUGAAUUGAAUCUUGCAACAUGCGAGACUUCCAUUCAAUUUCGUGAGGAGAGGCAGAAAUAUUGUGUCAGUCUCACUGGAAAUAUCGGACAGAGACAGCUCAAGCCCACAUCAGGGUGUUACGAAGGAGACAUUAAAAGCUAUCUGUUCCUGUAUCCAGUGCUGGGUGGUAUUUUGGCGCUGCUUUUUAUAGCCGGUUUAUUAUUGCUGCUAGCAAAGAAACUCGACAAGAAAAUGAAAAAGAAAGCAGCCUAUGCUUUUCCCAAGUCCUUGGAAUUCGAGCCAACACAAACACACUUUUGCAACCCCCUGAUACUGGAGCCGAAGGAUGUGCCAAAUGACCUUCAGAUUGAACCGCCCACUUACAUUGGGGACUCUACAUUAUUAACAGAGAUCUUCAAUGAGGACCAGUCCUCAGAUUGUUCCAGUACUUCCGUCAGCUCUGACCACAGCAGCAACAAUGUGCAAGGCACAUUUAAUGAGUCAGACAAUUUGUCCACCAGCGACCUAUCGGCAGGAUAUGACUGUCCACAUGUCCUGAGACAAGAAAUAAGUCCUGGUGAUAUGGUAGAAGUUUACAGAGCCAACAAACACUCCUGGGCACUUCAAUAGAUGCAAGAGACU